AUGGCAAAAGGGAAUGUCAAGUAUGCAGUAGUUGAUACUGAUUACUUUACUAAGUUGGUUGAAGCUGAACCUCUCACAAAAAUUAUGACCAAGAAAUUAAAUCAAGAGAAGAUGCUAUUAGCACAAGAUCCAAAGUACAGAAGAGGGUUCAAAUUUGAUCAUGUGUGGUCCAUUCUAAAAGAUUGUGAGAAAUUUACAAAUGACAACACCAAUUCACCAGCUAGAUUCCAACAACAAGAAGUUCCUAUUAAUUUAUAUGAAAGACCUAUUGGUGUGAAAAAAGCCAAAGGAAAACAAAAAAGUGAUGAACAAUUUAAGAAAUUAAUGGAUCAAAGUCAAAAACUUUCUAACGUUAUAGAAAAAGGUAACUUUGAAAGAAAUGAACUUCUGAGACAAAAGGUUGAUGUGGCUAGAAUGAGAGAAGAGAAUAAAAUUUUAUUUACGGAUUUGAAUUCUAUAUUCGAUCCAGAGUUUCGCCAAUUUAUUCAAAGAGAAAAGAGAAAAAUUUAUAGAUCAAGAGCACAAACAUCCAGACAUGGAGAAAAAGGAGAAGGAUCUCAAUAUCAGGGAUCUCAAUAUCGAACAUCUCAAUUCCAAGGAUCUCAAUAUGAAGAAGAAUAA